UUUACAGGCCUGUCCUCUCCCUAAUCCCCCAGAUUCUUUAUAUAGGAAAUGAAUCUCCCUUGUCACAGUGGGCAAGCCAGCAGGGAGUCGGGGGGCAUUUAUCUUUCCGCUGAGGUCUAGGGUUGCAUUGCUAUGACUUUUAGCACUCAGCAACAUGUGUGGAUGAGAUCUCUGUUCAGCUCCUACGAGGCCAGUGGCGAGGUCAGCUUGGCAGCUUCCCUGUAAGCCAGGCAAUCGUCUGCAGAUACUUUUUCAGAUUUAGGGCAGGAGUUGGUGAAUUGAGGAUCAGAAUGGCUGAACAAGAAACCAGUGGCUUACAAGUCCUUCUCUCUACCCUUCAGAGCUCUUCUGAUAGAGAAACAAUUCUGAACAUUCUCCAGGUUCUUACUGAGCUGCUUUCUGUUGGCACAGAUCGAAGAAUCCACUACAUGAUUAGUAAGGGAGGCAGUGAAGCCCUUCUUCAGACCUUGGUGGACUCUGCUCGGACAGCUUCUCCAGACUACAAUAUCCUCUUACCUCUGCUUCGGCUGCUGGUCAAAGUGGGCCAGAGAGAUAAAAAAUUUGGGCAGAAAGCUCUGGAAUUGGAGGCACUUGAUGUGACAUUGAUUCUGGCCAGGAAAAAUCUGUCUCACAAACAGACUCUCAUCCACUGUCUUUGGGUGCUGCAGGUUUUUGCCUCUAGAGUCACGAUUGCAGCGAUGCUGGGGAUUAAUGGAGCAAUGGAGCUGCUUUUCAAGGUUAUCACCCCUUAUUCUAGGAAACACACCAGGAUUAUCAGGGCUGCCAUGGAGGUUCUUGCAGUAUUGCUGAAAUCUAAAUCAAACAGCAGAAGGGCUGUGAAUAGAGGCUAUCUCAAUGGAUUGCUCAGACUACAUCAGGAUUGGCAAAGUCAUGAUACCUCCAAUGACUUCAUCCAGCUCCGGAGGUCUCUCCUGCUCUGCCUCAAGCACAUCACCAAUAUCCAGUCUGGCAGAGAUGCUUUCCUUGGGGCUCAGGGAAUGGAGAUCCUUUUUGCUACCACACAGAAUUACCUAGGUAAUCAAAGCAUGGAUCCCAUCAUCUCAAUAGUAAUUCAGAUCCUGAGGAAAUGUUACCCCAAAUGUUCGUUGCCCUUGGCCACAGCAAGUAGCUACUAUUUCUUCUCUGUUCCUGGAGACAUCAGCUCUGGACCACCAUGUACUAUAAAUGAAGAUGAUUUUGAAGAGGAUGCUGAGGAAGAGGAGGACAAAGACUCAGAUUCUGAAGAAACAAAGGAGGAAGAUGAUGACUUAGAAACAGAUUUGAAAAAGCUUACCUCAAAACCAUUGGUUCACUGGACAGAAGAGGAGCUGAACCAGUAUGAGGCAAUGUGUCUUGAACUCUCCUAUAAUUUCCAGGAACUUGAGUCCAAGUCUGGAGAAGAGAUGAGCUCUGAAGAGGACCUAGGAAUCCAUCAAUGCACCUAUUUUUGCCACAUUCCCAUCCAGACAUCCUCUAAGAGGCAUUGCCAAGAGAGGGAUCGACGCCCCCAGGAGUUAGAAACAAGUGGCAUAAAUUCCCAGGACCCUCCUUUGAAACAGAUAAAGAUAAUGAACUCUACUGGGAAUCUAUCUUAUGAAGAAACUCCUGGUAAACUAGGUUCAUGUUUAUCAUCAAAUAAUCAAGAAGAAGACUACUCUAGGAGGGAAGCACCCAAUACCCACGCAUCCUUCAUAGAACCUCCUUGGGGUGCAGAAAUGUAUUCCUGUCCAAAUAAGAAUGCUUUUCUUUCCAGCUCCAUCAUGAUUGAUGAAACAUCAGAAACUGUGUCUAAGUUUCUGGAGAGGCAUCCCAUGGAUAUUCCUUUCCAUAAUCCCUACAUUUACAUAGCCAAAGCUGAAGGAACCAAAUCUGUGCCAGGCUUCAAGGUGUUAGCAUUUCCAGAUGUCUGGGGUCACCACUCACCACCCUUUGCCCAGUCCUUGUUAGAACGUAAAUGUGGAAUUCAAAGGGCAAAAAUAGUUGAAGAUGUCCAGCGGUUCAUCCAGCCAGACAAGGUGAUUGGCAGAGUUGUCUUCAGUUUAGAUGAGCCUUGGUUCUUGGAAUGCACUGAUGCAUCUGAAUGCUUAAGAUUCUUCUCUGGGUUUGAGUCAGGAAACCUGAGGAAGGCCAUCCAAGUGAGACAAUUUGAGUAUGAUUUAUUGAUUAAUGCUGAUGUGAACUGUGCCCAGCACCAGCAGUGGUUCUACUUCAAGGUGAGCGGCAUGAAGGCUGCUAUGCCCUACCGCUUCAAUGUCAUCAAUUGUGAGAAGGUCAACAGCCAGUUCAAUUACGGGAUGCAGCCGACCAUGUAUUCAGUGAAGGAGGCUCUCCAGGGCAGGCCUCAUUGGGUUCGGGUGGGCUAUGAUAUCUGUUAUUACAAAAAUAAUUAUCGUCAGAAUUCAGCUGCUGCAGGAGCUCCUGGAAAGUGCCAUUAUACACUCACGUUUUCCAUCACAUUUCCUCAUAAUGAAGAUGUUUGUUACCUGGCUUACCAUUACCCAUACACCUAUACAGCUCUGAUGGCACACCUUGAUCUUCUGGAAAAAAGUGUCAACCAUAAGAAAAUCUACUUCCAUCAUCAGGUACUUUGCAAGACUUUGGGAGGAAAUCCAUGCCCACUGGUGACCAUCACAGCAAUGCCUAAAUCUAAUAGCAGUGACCAUGUGCAGCAGCUCCGACAGCGUCCCUAUCAUGUGAUUGUCGCUCGCGUUCACCCAGGAGAGAGCAAUUCUAGCUGGGUAAUGAAGGGGACGUUAGAGUUCCUUAUAAGUAGAGACCCCAUUGCUGAGCUCCUGAGGGAAAACUUCAUUUUCAAGAUUAUCCCGAUGCUGAACCCAGAUGGCGUCAUCAAUGGCAAUCAUAGAUGUUCAUUGAGAGGAGAGGAUCUCAACAGACAGUGGCUUUCUCCUAGUGCCCAACAUCAGCCAACUAUCUACCAUACGAAGGGCCUCUUACACUAUUUAAAUAACAUUGGCCGGACACCAGUGGUUUUCUGUGAUUUUCAUGGACAUUCUCAGAAAAAGAAUGUGUUUUUCUAUGGUUGCAGCAUCAAGGAGACCUUAUGGCAAGCAGGUUGCCCAGUGGACCCUUCCAUUGUCUCUGAAGAUGUUGGAUAUAGGACACUUCCAAAAAUCCUUGAUAAGGUGGCGCCUGCAUUUGCAAUCAGUAGCUGCAGUUUCCUGGUGGAGAAAUCCAGGGCUUCAACUGCUCGGGUUGUUGUAUGGAGAGAAAUUGGAGUGUUGAGGAGCUAUACUAUGGAAAGCAGUUACUGUGGUUGUAAUCAAGGACCUUAUAAAGAUUUACAGCUGGGAACACGUGAAUUGGAGGAGAUGGGAGCCACAUUCUGCCUGGGCCUAUUUCUUCUGCAGCUCAAAUCAUUAACAUGUAGUUCUGAGUUCAUGGCCAAAGCUUCUGCCUUACUAGAUUCCAGGGAGGAUAUUCAACACCAGCUUCAAAGGAGCAGUAGUGGCAGCAGCAUUGAUGUGGAACUGGAUGAUGAACCUCCUUGUAUGGAAGAGAUUGAUUAUAGUACAGACUGCUCCUCAGAUCAGGAAACAGACGUCUAUGAACUUGAUCAACAGAUUCAAGAGAUGACCUUGGCAGAAGCUAGAGGCGAUGGGGAAGAGAAAAAUGGGGUAGAUAACAGGUCACUUAGUAGCCCUGAAUUUUAUGUUUCCAAACACUUGACAAACAAAUACAGAACUUCCCCUUAAAUAUCAGAGUCAACUGAAAUAUUAUCAAAAGAAAAAUUAUAUAGGACAAUGGUAUCCCUGCAUGGAGAGUAAUAAAAUAUUUUUUAGGGAUCACUUUGA